AUGUUCAAUUCACCUCUUUCCGUCGACCAGCGCAGUUGUCCAUCCUUCAUUAAGGCAAAAAAGGAUUACAACGCGGAAUUCCUCCAGGAUCCGUUCAACCGUCUGCCACUCUCACUCCGUGACGUGGCGCUAAAAACCCCUUCACUGCGGCGUGACGCGUCAGGGUCGCUGUCUCCAUCGCCAUCGUCCCCCUCGGCACGUCGUAAGAGGCGUUCAAACCGCGAGGUGUACGAGGCCAUGUUGCGGCGUGACAUAAUUGCAGCGGAGAAAAAGGAAGAGGCACGCAACAUGGCUGUGCAACAGGAGCUGUCGCUGUGCCGCCGUACCCCCCGCAUCAGUGAAAUGAGCCAUAACCUCCCGCGUGACACGGUCAUCUACGAGCGGCUGGAUCGACUGCACAAGGAAAAACAGAAGCGUGGAGAGUUCAAACGACGGGAGCGGGAGCGGGAACGGCAGCAGGUCAUGGAAGGGUGGUUUGUGCCAAAUAUAACCGACCGAGGGCGCCAAUCAAAGGGUCGUGCACUGCAGGAAACGGAGGAAUAUCUCAAUUGCCACCGUCAGCAGGAACAGGAGAGGACACAACGUGCUGAAGAGCGAAGGCACCACCGUCUGGCGGAGGAGAUGGCGGAAGUGUACGGCUCGCCGAGGAUAAACCUUCGCAGCGCAGAUAUCGUGCAGCGCGCAAGGGAGCGCAACGGGUUUGACAAAAAGUUUUUUAUUGAAGCCAUGUUGGAAAAAGCGGCGAUUGCAAGGCUGGCGCUGUGGGAACGACAAGAAGAGCAAGAAAGGGCGGAGUCUUUGCCUUUCGCCCCGCGUAUCACGGCACACGCUGCGACGCUGAAGCGCGACGGCGAUGUCGUUGAUCGACUGAUAUCCAGCGCAAAGAAGCCGAGUGCACGACCGUGCGGUGACAUAAUGCACACGAGGAGUGUAUCCCGUGUGCGAUCCCGAAGUGAGGGCCAUCUCUCUAGGCGCAAGAAGGAUACAGAGCCGCACGAACAGGAGCAUUCAGGGCUAAAUAGAUCUUCGAAUCAUUGGAUGGGGGAUUCAUGUAUGGUGUCAAUGGAUGAGCGACGGCGUCGGUACGAAAUACAGCAUGAGGAGAAGAUGCGGGCCAUUUGGGAGGCGGAGCGACGGUUGCACAAACCUACCAUCAAUCCCUGCUCGGGGAUGACUGUCUCCGGUCUUCCAGUAAAAUCCCCCGAGCAUUUAACGACAGUCCGUGAAAGGAGAGAAAAUGCGGUUGUACAAGAGAGCGGAAGCAGCAGACUCGCGUCAAGUCAUGGGUCUUCAUGGAUGGACGCCAGAGAGGCGAUCCGGCACAGUGACUCCAACUGUUACCACCGUGGCCCCGAGGAGUACGUGUCUCCCAUUCAAACCCCAAGCUGGGGAAGCGGGAAAACAUCGUCGACGCGUGGCAAGGAUACAAUCUAUGAAAGGAUGCGUCGUUGGAAGCAGCUACGAGACGAAAAGGUUCAGAGGAUGCGUGACGAGCUGCAAAAGGAGAAGAUGCAGCGGUCAGUGGAAGCAAAUAACACCACACCCAAUGCCGAGAAGUGUAUGGAGGACGAUCUGGCGUCACCUGAAGUGUGCCCGGGGAAGACUUUCCCUGAGGAAUACAAGACGCCGCGAGCACCAACAGGUGGGGCCGGGAGCGUCAGAACGCCUGUUGUGCUUUCUUUAUUAGAAAGGCCUGAUGAUGAAAUGUAUUAG